GCUCUAGAGAGAGAGAGAGACUGUGUGUUGUCUGUAGAGAAAGAGAGAUGAGAGAGAAACCGUGUGAUGAUGAUAUGUGUGGAGCCCUAGGGGCAUGAAGGCGUGAAUUUUGCAGCUUCUGGUUUUUAUGGGUUUUUGUAGAAAAAUUUCAUCUUUGCAUGAUUGAUCUGUUGUAUGUAUGGAUCUAUGGUUUCCAAGUGAAAGAAUCGAUCUUUGAUAGUGGUGUAUUGGUAUUCCGACCUUGUGAUGCUCAGUUUGUAAAACUAUCGAAUCAUUCGCAUUUGGGGUUCAAAAAUCAGGUUUCAAAAAACUGUGAAGAAGUUCCUGAUAAAAGUCAGUUGUAUGCAAGUGUAACUGUUUGUGGUCAUUAUUUUACUCAAGAGGAAUAUAAUUUAUGUGACAAGAUUGGCAGAAAUAUCAGCCAUAUUGGAGUGAAUGUCGUUUCGUAGCAUUGUUCGUGAUGUGAGGGAUGGGUUUGGGAGCUUAUCAAGGCGGAGUUUUGAUGUUAGGCUUCCUGGCCAUCAUAGAGGGAAAUCCCAUGGCUCAGUCCAUGAGUUGCAGGACCAGCCUCUGGUGGUCCAAAACAGUCGUUGGGCUGGCCUUCCACCUGAGCUACUUCGUGAUGUGAUUAAGAGGUUGGAGGCAAGCGAGAGUACAUGGCCAUCUCGCAAGCAUGUCGUUGCAUGCGCUGCUGUUUGCAGAUCAUGGAGAGAAAUGUGUAAAGAAAUUGUCAAAAGUCCAGAGUUCUCUGGGAAGCUUACUUUCCCCAUCUCUCUGAAACAGCCAGGGCCUCGGGAUGGAACCAUUCAGUGCUUCAUUAAGAGGGACAAGUCCAACUUGACUUACCACCUUUUCCUUUGCCUUAGCCCUGCUUUGCUUGUUGAAAAUGGGAAAUUUCUUCUGUCUGCAAAACGAAACAGGAGAACUACUUGCACAGAAUAUGUAAUCUCCAUGGAUGCCGAUAACAUAUCAAGAUCAAGCAGCACUUAUAUUGGGAAGCUGAGGUCAAAUUUCCUUGGCACAAAGUUCAUAAUUUAUGAUACACAGCCACCAUACAAUGGUUCUCAACUCUCCCCACCUGGCCGAACGAGCCGGAGGUUCUACUCGAAAAAGGUUUCUCCUAAAGUCCCAACUGGCAGCUACAACAUUGCCCAGGUCACAUAUGAGCUGAACGUCUUAGGCACCAGGGGGCCACGAAGGAUGCACUGCACUAUGCAUUCAAUCCCUGCUUCAUCCCUUGAGCCGGGUGGCACUGUGCCUGGCCAGGCUGAGCUCCUCCCUCGCAACCUUGAAGAUUCGUUCCGUAGCAUCUCCUUCUCAAAAUCAAUUGAUAACUCAACCGAGUUCAGCAGCUCCCGGUUCUCAGACAUUAUUGGGCCUCGUGAUGAAGAGGAUGAGGGAAAGGACAGACCACUGGUUCUCCGAAACAAGCCGCCCAGAUGGCAUGAGCAGCUGCAAUGUUGGUGCCUUAACUUCCGGGGGAGGGUAACUGUUGCCUCAGUCAAGAAUUUCCAGCUGAUUGCUGCCACACAGCCGGCCGCUGGUGCGCCAACACCAUCACAGCCUCCAGCCUCUGAUCAUGACAAGAUUAUUCUGCAGUUUGGCAAAGUUGGCAAGGAUAUGUUUACCAUGGAUUAUCGAUAUCCUCUGUCUGCUUUUCAGGCUUUCGCUAUCUGCUUGAGCAGCUUCGACACUAAGUUGGCAUGUGAAUAGAAGUAAAACAGAAAAAAAGAAAAAAGAAAAAAAAAAGAUCAUGGUAAGGAAUAGAACACUUAGCUGGUAAUGAAUUUUCUUUUCUAGAGUUCCAUAGGUUGGGGUUUCUUGAAUGCAUCUAUAUCUCAUUGUAGGCUGAAGAGUGCAGAACAUUGUCUGUGCGCAUUGGAGGGGGAAAGGGGUCUUUUCCUUUUUUCUUGGGCUAGCUUGCUUUGGCCAUUGUGAAUGCCUUCAGAUGUUGAACUUCAAUUUCCCUUUUUUAAAAUAUGCCUAUAAAGAAUCUGUUUAGACUUCCAAAACAUUCAGUCUGGUAGCAUAAGAAAAGAUUGAUACGAUGAUGAUGAUGACAUAUCUGGCUUCUUAUGUUUGGAAGCUGAUAGGUACUAAUUGUUUGUCUUGAAUCUGUGCCCAUUGCCAUGAAAGACAAAGAGGCUUAUUGUUUAACAGGGUUCAAGUCUAUAAGUGGAAGUAUAGAGAGACGGUUGGCCCAGUGUGCAGCUAGACAAUGUCUCCAAGUUCUGCUCAAGCCCCACAUUUAGAACCUGCCCCAGCAUGGUCUGCCUUUAAUAGAACAUGGUUUACUGGCUCGAAUGUUUGUUUUGAUUCAUAUUCUCAUCCUGAUGGCGAAGCAAUUAUUUAUGCCUGUUGUUGAUUAUGACAUAUGAGUUAUAUUAUUGUCCCGAGGAAUGUAUCUACUUGGU